AUGGGUGGAUCGACGUUCAUGGCAGGAUCGACGACUUCGGGGUCCGGUGGUGCCAAGCCGGCGCUGCCACAGCGUUCGCGUCGACGAUCCAUGGUCGGCGAAGCGCGUCCGACUCGAUUCGAUGCGCCACCACUUCCCGGUAUGGUUGCAUCGUCAUCAAUGCCCCAGCUCGCCCAACGCUCCAGCACCAGCCACACAGUAUCCGUCGUGGCACCGCUGAGGAUUGCGGACAAGAGACGCUCCUCCACCAUCUCCACGGCAUCGGCGAGUUGUACGCCAACCAUGCCGCCAAAGAGUCGCUUUCGCAACUCGGUCGAUUCCAAGUCGCCUCCCCACACAAACCUUGAUGAUUCGACCGAAUCGUCGCCGUCGUCGGUCGCUACGUCGCUGGCCGAUGGAGAGCUUGGACGCGCCUAUACGCACGAUGCGGUAUUCACGCACGACUUGACCGAGCACGGACGCAAGCGAAGCUCACUCUCCGCGAUUCCGAUGGGAAUCUCCAAGAGUCAUCAGGAGAUGAUCGACGACAGUCCCGGGACGUUGCAUCUCGAAGCCAGAGGCGGGGCAGGAUCUGAGGNGAGCCGAUGGACGGACCACCAGCCAACGGGCGCCUCUUCCAUCUCUUCAGCCUCGUCACUAUCCGGGCUCGGGCUGCGGAGACGGGGAGCAAUUGGCUCGGGCGAGAGACUGCGAAGCCGACUGGGUGCAGUCGACGCGGAGGACGAGUCCGAUUCCGAGUCUGGGUCGAUGAGCAGAGCGUUGUCGGCACUGUCGUGGUUGAUGCACGAUCUCCAGCUGGAUAUCGGCCGCGACGAUGCGAAGUCGAAGCCAGAGGCGGGGCAGGAUCUGAGGUCGUGGUUGUCUAGUCCACAGCGAAGCGAGCCUUCGAGUGCGCCCGCGAUCAGCGUUACUAUCGACACACCCGAGUCUUCACCCCAACCCAUCCCGCCCAAGGCCGAUGAGACAGAUGCUGGGAGCUCGGAAGGCACUUCACCGCGAGCAGGGGGGUUGUGGGGGUUCCUGCGAACGCCCUCACCCCUACCCAUACGCACAUCCACUGCGUCGUCGUACUCAUCCACAUCCUCCUUCGUCGCGUCCGAUCCCACUGCCUCAAGCACCCUCUCACUCUUCAGCAACCUCCUCGGUCGUUCGACGCCCGAGACUUCAUUGCCGGAAGAGGCGCCCGUGAGACUCGCACGCACUCGGAUCGACGAGGAGAAGCUCGCCCAGCUCAUGGUCUCGUGCGCCGACACGCGGCAUGUGCUCAAGACCGAAUCGGACCCCGCCAAGCUGCGCGACACCGGCCUACGCUUGGAAAAGGCAUGGCGAGACCAGCUGCAAGAAGCCGGCGCCUUGAGAACCAAGCUCGCCGUAGCCCAGGAUACGGUCGAGGAUCUCGAGGAUGAAAAUCGCCAGUUGAGGAAACAGAUCGCUCAGCUCGCCGAGAUCAUCGUCGAGCGAGAAGAGCAGUUGCGCACCACAGAACAGCAGCGCAACGAGGCGGUCGAGAGGAAUAAGCAGUUGGAGAAGCAGUAUCAGUCCACGUUAUCAGCAUAG